AUGGCGCCGACCCGAACCGCCAAGGCCCAAAAGGCGGCCGCCAACACCGCCGCCACCGACACCGAUGCCACCUCGUCCAAGCUGACGACGGCCUCGCAGCCCGCCGUCGUCGGCAAGCCCGCGCAGCACGCCCAGUCGUCGCGAAAGGGCAAGGCGGCAUGGCGCAAGAACAUUGAUCUCACCUCGACCGAGGCCCACCUCGCCCAGAUGCGCGACGAGGAAAACAUGCCCGUCUACUCGACCGCCGACGGCUCGGCACCGUCCACCGGGGGCAAGCCGCUCCACGCCGUCCAGGACGACGCGCUGUUCGUCGAGGACCGCGCGGGACAGGAGACGACGCUGGCGCGCAGGGCGAGGCAGAAGAAGCCGCUCAAGUCGCUCGAGAUCCUCUCGCGCACCACGGGCGCCGCCCCCGUCCAGGCCAAGGCCAGGGCGCAGUUCAAGCUGCUCGAGGGCACCGCCGAGGGCAAGGCCAAAAGCCAGGGCAUUUCCAAGAAGAUGAAGGACAAGCUCCGCCGCAUGGCUGGCAGGGCAGACCAGAUCACCGGCGAAGACGGGCCGGGCGCCAGGGACCAGAGCGACGCCGUCAAGCUCGCAAUGAAGGAGAUCCACGACGUGUGGGCCGCCGGCCAGCCGAGCGCCAAGGGCAAGGGCAAGCAGGCGUCGGAUGCGGCCGCCCAAGACGGCGCCGCCGCCGCCGGCGCCACCGAAAACGAUUGGAUCCCGGUCAAGAAGGUCAAGAUGCCCAAGUCGUUCCUCGAGGACGAGAUGGGCUCGGUGGCGCGCUCGCUGCCCUCGGUCUCGCUGCCGCACCCGGGAACGUCGUACAACCCGGACCUCGACUCGCACGACCGGCUGAUCCAGGAAGCGUACGAGAUUGAGCGGAAGCUCGAGGAGGCCGAGCAGGCCGACGACGAGGCGGCGCGCGACUGGGCGCGGAGGAUGCGCGAGGCGGCGCAGCGCGAGGCCAUCCUGGAGCGCGUCGAGGGCGAGAAGCGGUACAAGGGCAUGGAGGUCGACCUGCCCGGCGAAGACGACGACGACGGAGACGAGGCGAGCGGCGACGAGGACGAUGCAGAAGGUGCGCAGGCCAAGGCCAAGCCGGCGCGGCCUCAGCGCAAGACCAAGCAGCAGAGGGCCAAGGCACAAAAGGCGGCCGAGCAGGCUGCGCUGGCGCAGGCGCGCAAGCAGGCUCGACGGGAAAAGGGCGUCAUCAGCGAGCUGCCCAAGCUGCGCAAGCAGCACGAGGCGGCGGCGCGCGCGCGGGCGGCGGCGGCCGAGGAGCGGCGGCUGGCCAAGGAGCAGCGGCUGCGGACCAAGGGCGUCGAGGGGCUCAAGCUGGGCAAGUACAAGGUGCCGACGGAAAAGAUCGACGUGCAGGUGGGCGAGGAGCUGAGCGAGAACCUGCGCACGCUGCGGCCCGAGGGGAGCCUGCUGCGCGACCGGUACACGAUGAUGCAGAAGCGCGCCCUGAUUGAGCCGCGGCGCAAGGUGCGCCCGACGAAGCCAAAGACGGCCAAGAAGCUCGUCGAGACGCACGCCUACAAGCGCUUCGUCUAG